GAACUUAAUACCUAAAAUGAUAGCAAGUUAUGUUUCUACAUCAUAGCCAGACGGCCGUCGCAUACUUCGACUAAAAGCAAUAUUCCAAAAUCCUGACAAUGCUGCUCGGCUCUCUUGCACGUUCACAAAACGAGGAUAUGUCCAACAGCCAGGAUGAACGCUUAGCCAACCCACAACCAUCCGCUAGUAUUGAUAGAGAAGGAAAGAAGGCUUCUAGACGUAAAAGAGGAUGUUUGAUAACGAUAAAUGCAUGCAACAGGUCCUUGCACUCGUUGUAUCAAAAGAUUUCAAGCUGGAGAAUGCUUCUAUGAAACUCAUACCAAAAUCGUAAAGGAGAAACUAGUCGAAUCACUCAAAGAGAGCCAUGCACUCAACCGCAUGGCAGAACGGGUGUUUGAAAGCCUUGCAGUAGCGGAUGAAGGAUGCGAAAUCCUUAAUCGGAUAAGAAACAAGGACUCUAUUCAAGAUAUAGCACAAUGGCUAGGAACCACUGUCGAUGCCAAAGAGCAGCAAUCUACGUUACGAAUUAUUGACAAUGAAGUUGAUGGUCUUGAGACAUCAGCUUUCCAUUGGACAACCGUAACAGCCGAUAAAGAUGUUCUCCAUCACUUAUUCUCCUUAUAUUUUACUUGGGUUCAUCCUUCUCAUUCCUUGUUCAGUGAACAGCAUUUUGUGAAUAGCAUGCAGAAUAAUUCCAACGAAUUCUGCUCGCCCCUAUUGUUCAAUGCUAUCUGUACUAUGGCAUGCUAUCUGCAUACAAUUUUGAAAAGCGACCAGACGAAUUACAAGGAGCUUGGUCAGAAGUUUGCUGACAUGGUAAAGCACAAUAUCGAUGCCGAAGACAUGAGUCUCAUGACUAUACAGGCUUUUGCGAUUCUCUUUUUGAUAGACUGUGCACAAGGCCAUGGAAUGCAUGCUUCAGCAUAUUUGGAAGUCGCAAGCAACUCCUUAAUGAAUUUGGAACAUGUCGACCUUGGAAGUGAGGCGUACCAGCAAGUUUGGCGUGACACCGUUGUUGGCAUUAAUAACUUAAAUAUUCUUAGUGAAUGGGCCCAGGUAACAUUCAGAAUGCCAGCGGCUCUCAUUAUAGAGGUUCCUGCAACAAAAUCCAUCGAGGAAAUCCAAGAAAACGAAGCCGCAGUUGAUAGUAUGAUGUGGGGAAUGUAUAAAUUCCCCGAGGAUGAUGAUAGCGUCACGAAUUACCACUGCCUCAUUGCAACAACCAAUCGAGAGAAAAUGAAUCUUAUGGCUAUAAUUCGCACUACUAAUAUUCUUAUGUAUAAUACCGAUGGUUCUCGAAUAGUGGCCUCGGACAUUCUGCAUCUAUAUGGCAGACUGGUAGCUUGGCGUAAAUUUCUGCCAAGUAUCAUCAGUAACACAGAUGGCAAAGGCACGCAGAUAUUGCCACACGUGCUUUCGCUUCAUUUGUUGUACGCCACGGCUGUUGUUCAACUCCUCUAUCCACUUCUGGACCUUGGACUGUUCGAUACCUCUUGUCUAAGUUCAAUCGUUUGGCAACAUGCGCAACAAGGUCUUGCUGUCGUUGAUAGCUAUCGUGCUCACUACAGUUGUGCCUACCAGCCUGUCUUACAAGUAUUCGCUAUACUAAAUUUGACAGAUGUAAUCGUUCGAUUUUCCCCCAAGAUCAAUAGAGAACUGGGAAAAGACGACGAAGAAGCUGUUAAACUUGCUACAGAGGUAUUGGAGCAAUCGCUGGCAACUUUCCCUGUAGCUGCAAUAUUUACGGAAAAGUUUCGGGAAAUCACCAAGAAGAUCUUGUUUCCAUGGCCAAGCAAUCUGGAUGAUCUCUUGUAUCACAAGAGAAGUAAAUCAAAGUCUCUCUUAGACGGAGUCAUUGAUGCUUGUACCAGGGCGACCUAUAUUCAGCCUAUCAAUUCUAUACAAAAAAGAUUUGCGACGGGCAUACAAUCGAACUGGUCGAUGUUAUCCUCCGGGUUAGGCUUUGUAGGACCUUUUCAAAAUGCUUCUACACUGCAUCAGCCGCUCGAAAAGAGCUACGCAAAGCCUUCAUUAUAUACUUGAUUUCCCAAUCAAGGGAUUAAACAAGCCAUGAUAUAAUCAUUCAAUCUUGCAAAGCUCGGAUUUAAGCUAUUUAGGCUGCGCAACGGGUACCCGCGGGGCGGAUAAUUCAAAAAUCUAAAUGGAUAACCCACAGGACGGGUACAAAUUACCCGC